AUGCCACGGCCGGGCCGCAACACGUACAGCGACCAGAAGCCUCCGUACUCUUACAUCUCGCUCACCGCCAUGGCCAUCCAGAGCUCGCCCGAAAAGAUGCUGCCGCUGAGCGAGAUCUACAAGUUCAUCAUGGACCGCUUCCCCUACUACCGGGAGAACACGCAGCGCUGGCAGAACAGCCUGCGCCACAACCUCUCGUUCAACGACUGCUUCAUCAAGAUCCCCAGGAGGCCCGACCAGCCGGGCAAGGGCAGCUUCUGGGCUCUGCAUCCCAGCUGCGGCGACAUGUUCGAGAACGGCAGCUUCCUGAGGCGCCGCAAACGCUUCAAGGUGCUCAAGUCCGACCACCUGGCGCCCAGCAAGCCGGCCGACGCGGCCCAGUACCAGCUGCAGCAGGCCAAGCUGCGGCUCAGCGCGCUGGCCGCCUCGGGCACCCACCUGCCGCAGAUGCCCGCCGCUGCCUACAACCUGGGCGGCGUGGCGCAGCCCUCGGGCUUCAAGCAUCCCUUCGCCAUCGAGAACAUCAUCGCGCGGGAGUACAAGAUGCCCGGGGGAUUAGCUUUCUCGGCCAUGCAGCCGGUGCCCGCCGCCUACCCGCUCCCUAACCAGUUGACUAGCAUGGGCAGCUCUCUGGGUACCGGCUGGCCACACGUGUACGGUUCCGCGGGCAUGAUCGACUCGGCCACCCCCAUCUCCAUGGCCAGUGGUGACUACAGCGCCUACGGAGUGCCGCUGAAGCCCUUGUGCCACGCGGCGGGCCAGACGCUGCCCGCCAUUCCAGUGCCCAUCAAGCCCACGCCGGCCGCCGUCCCCGCGCUGCCCGCCCUGCCGGCGCCCAUCCCCACCUUGCUCUCGAACUCGCCGCCCUCGCUCAGCCCCACUUCCUCGCAAACAGCCACGAGCCAAAGCAGCCCCGCCACCCCCAGCGAAACGCUCACCAGCCCGGCCUCCGCCUUGCACUCGGUGGCGGUGCACUGA